ACAGGGGGCCGGUUUCCGUCACCAUCCCGGCCUCUCCCUUCAUGCAGAAGCUUGGCUACGGCACCGGCGUCAACGUCUACUUGAUGAAAAGGUCUCCCAGAGGUUUCUCUCGCUCCCCUUGGGCUGUGAAGAAAAUUAAUUCCAAGUGCAACAGGAGCCAGCAAAGCAUCUAUCAGAAGAGACUGAAAGAAGAAGCCAAGAUCUUGAAAAACCUCCAGCACCCAAACAUCGUGGGUUACCGCGCGUUCACCGAGGCCAACGAUGGAAGCAUGUGUCUGGCCAUGGAGUACGGAGGAGAAAAAUCCCUCAACAACUUAAUCGAAGAAAGAAGCGCAGCACGGUUGGGCCCUUUCCCGGCUGCCACCAUCUUCAAAGUCGCCUUGAGCAUGGCGAGGGGGCUGAAGUACCUUCACAACGACAAGAAGCUGCUCCACGGAGACAUCAAGUCUUCGAACGUGGUCGUUAAAGGCGACUUUGAAACCAUCAAGAUCUGUGAUGUGGGAGUGUCCCUGCCCCUGGACGAGAACAUGACCGCUGGACAACACGUCCGGAAGGAUGCUGUGAGGGACAGCGUCAAAAGCCUGACUAACAUCCAGAAAAACUCCAUCCACCGCCCUCCCUUCAUCCACCGG